UCUCUAAUCCCUUUCAUGUCGACUCACUACCAUGAAUGGGAGAAGGCUCCAUCGAAGGAUGCAGUGCGGCAGCUGUGUGCUGACAGCUUCCCUUCUGGAGCCCCUGAGUCAUGGCGACUCGCGGAAAGUACAGCAGGGACCCUGUCUGUAUCUGCCAUCGAGGCAAAGGAGCUUAUUGCAGCCCUGCACACCCUUUCUCACCACAUCCUAUUCCAUAACCUGACAGCGCCCGAGCAGAUCCUUGUGCUAUUCCCCAAGUCAUUCCACCCCAGCCUCAAGAACCUCAUUACCAAGAUUAUGCUUGAGCACAGCCCCACAUGGAGAAAUGAGGCUCUGUCUAAUCAAAUUUCGCUGCCCCAUCUAGUGGAGAUGGACUGGAGAGUCGACAUGAAGACGGCAUCUGACUCGGUCAGUCGCAUGGCUGUGCCCACCUGCCUGGUGCACAUGAAGGUGGAGGACUCCAGCUGUCUAAGGGGCAGUGGCGCUCUCUCAUCGGUCACGGUGGAGUUGAGCAAGGAGACUCUGGACACCAUGCUGGACGGCCUGGGCCGGAUCCGUGACCAAUUGUCAGUGGUGGCCGGAAAAUGAGACCCCCUCACCGGAAUGGCCACACCAGAGGCCUUGGGUGCAUCAUUCUCGUCGAUACUCUAAAGUGACUUUUACUCCUCAUCUCCUCUCAUUUACCUGUACAAAUCUGAAAACUGAGAAAUCAAUUAUGGGGGCCCAUUUUCUACUAAUCGACAUGUCUCCAAUGUAAACACUUGAUAAGGUGGCUCACACGACGUCAGGGUAUCAGCCACAAAAGUUUUGCGUCAGUGCCGUUUUAAGGAAAGUGGGAAAGAAGAGGUAUCAAUUUUAGACAUGGGCUAAAAGAUGGAAAAUGAGAAGAGACUCUUUACUCUAGUCCCGGGGAGGGGAGAAACAAACAAGUACACACACACAAUCCCAUCAUUAGCACUGAUCUGGAGUGCCAGAGGGUCUUUUGAAUUCAAUCUUUGUCAAUAAAUUAAGAGAUUAAUGCUGAA